CAAAGUUGAGAGCUUUUCCUGCUACUAUAGUCUAGAGCAGGAUGAUGCAAUCAGUGCUUUUUCAGCCCUUCUGGCCAUCCCAUAAUGUUCAGUUCUCAACUUCCCAUCAGACUAUUUUCUGUGAUUUAUACGACGAAACCUAUCGGAGAGAAAACUAUACUCACUCUUCCACUGUCACCACAACCGACUCUUCUGAUAGUCCCUUGUACUCGAGUUUUGCAGCCUUAUUCCCAGACGCAUUUACUGAGCUCACGAGUUUGCAAAACGAUACUGCUAUGGAUCAUUUAGAGUCCAUAGAGUUUGAGGAUUUCUGUCAAUGGUUAAAUAACAGUGAGAGUGAAGAGCAGCCAAAGGGAGAUAUGUGGAGUCCUAGUCUCUCAGUGGUAUCGAGUGAGGCUUCGAUGGUUUUACCAUCAAGAAACACGGCAGUCACAGUUCCAGGAACCGGGAUGGAAGUAGACGGCCUAAUGAACCUUCAUCACUUGCUCGAGGCUUAUGCAGAAGCCACAGAAGACGGGCACAAGGAGCUAGCAGAGGUGAUUGCGAAGUGCAUAACUGGAAAAGUGAAUCCGUUUGGAGAACCAAUCGAACGUGUUGCUUUCAACUUGUUCCAUCCCUCGGAAGAUCUCCAAAAAGAAGCAGGCAACAAUUUCGAAGCAGCAUUCAUGGCCUUUUACCAAAUUCUCCCAUAUGGGAGAUUUGCUCACUUUGCUGCUAACUCAGCCAUCCUUGAGGCCUUACCAUCUUCUGCAGAAACAGUUACCAUAGUAGACUUUGACAUGGGAGAAGGAAUCCAAUGGCCUCCACUCAUCGAAGCCAUGGGCCCGAAACCAAUAUCUCUGAAACUCAUAUCCAUUAAAACAGAACAACAGUCCACCAGUAGUGGCUGGAGAUUCGAGACUACACAAAGAAGACUCUAUGAUCAUGCAAGGCAAUGCGGCCAAAAAUUGCAGGUCGAGGAGAUGACCAUCGAGGAAUUAGUCACUGAAACGAAACGAAGCACUGGAAAACAAUGGUUAGCCUUCAACUGUAUGUUCAGACUGCCACACAUGGCUAAGAAGCAACCAAGAAGUCAAGCCAUGGAGUUCUUGAAGAUAGCCAAGGAACUGUUAUCCUUUUCAGCAAUCCCAUCAGGAAUUGCUGUUUUUGCAGACGGGGAACCCCGGGGCAAUGGCGAUUCCUCUCCUGGUUACACUUCUUCCUUUAACAACCAAUUCAUACACUAUAAAUCCCUGAUUGAAUCAAUGGAAUCCUAUUUCCCAGUCAAUCUCGCAGAAGCAAGAAUCGCCUUGGAAAGUCUUUUCUUUUCACCUUUCAUCUGCUCUACCUCCUGGUUUCAUGACUGGCAAGAGAGCAAGAUUAGGGGAACUUCUGAUAAUCUGUCAGAAACAGGGUUACAAGGCAGGAAACUAAGCAUGGAGAAUUUAAUCCAAGCCAAAGUACUGGUGAGUGAAAGAGAGACUGCAUAUAAAGUCAGAAUUGAAGAACAGAAGCAGCAUGAGAUGAUCUUAGAAUGGAGAGGAACUCCAUUAAUGGGAGUUUCUACUUGGAUGUAAAAAAAGACAAGAAUCUAAGACAUAGGAACUUAGGAAGUUACACAGCUAAGGAAAUUGUUUAUAAUAUCUUAUUGAGAAUUUCGUAUGGGGCUCAACAUAAAAGAGCAUUAUUUUA